CUCUUUCGAGGUUUUAAAAUUUCACAAACUUGGGCUUGAAUGAGCUGUAUAUGCUAUGAUGAAUCCGACACUUGAUGUUUCGUCAUCAUUGCGGACGCAAAUGAGUAGUGUAGCCUCUGUCACGACCCUCAACACGUACAGGUACGGUGUCGGCAAAGAUGUCUUGGGGGGUUCUCUCAAUGUGGAUGCACACUUUGACAGGCAGACUGCCCAAUUUGUGCCUAGAUUGAUGAGUCGAGAAUUGCAACAUAUAAUCGAGAAAUACAAAGAAUUUUACCGUAACGACAAGUUUUUUGCGGACCUUGACCCGGAACUUUGCACUUGGGAUCAGGUACAAGAUCAGCUUGAUAAAGCCGAGUAUGAAUACCAGCAGAAAGGGAAAACAAACAUCGUCCGGCGCGCAUUCCGAAAAGACCGCCUGACAAGGACCUUGAGCCCGCUGCUAGAAGGGAUACCCGAGAACGAUGGACUUGGCAUUCUAAAGGGAGCUUUAAUUAUACUAUUCAACGCCGUCAAGAGCAGGGCACGCGCCUGCGAUAAGAUAUUUGAGUGCUUCCAUCAAGUCCCGAAUCUUCUCAGAGGAGUGCACGAGGCUUUGAAAAGGUUUCCAGACGACCAGGAGCUGUUUACCCGAUCACGCGACUUGCAUGAAGGACUGCUCAGCUGUCUACCCCGACUGAUAGCCAUCCUUCUCCAUAAUUCCGAUCAACCCAGGGUGCAGAGAUUUGCAAAACAACUGUUCGGAGAUGUGAGUGCUGAUGUAGACGAGAUCUUGCGGCCACUCACGGCUGCCCAGGAUUCCCUCAGGGUGCAUAUUCGUCGAUUAGAGGAGAGGCGAGGCGACCACAUGGCAAAACGCAUCGACCAGAUAUAUGCCGAAACUGGCUGGAUGAGGAUGCAGCAACAUGAAGGUCAAUACCGAAUCCUGGCCCAAGUGGCACAAAUGAAUGAGGCGCACAAGACGAUCGAGGCGAUAAACGCGGAAAACAAGAGCCUUCACGCGGAGAACUUUGCUUUGAAACUAGCUGCAAGCAAGACCUAUACUCUGAACAUGGUGCACCAGAUAGUCGAUGAGGUGCUGAGGAAUCGCAGCUUUAACGCUAUUGAAAUGCAACACCAGGAGGCUCGAAUGCUUCCAGAGGCCCCUCCAAAGAACGAGUCUGUGGAGUAUAACCUCGACGAGCUGGUCGUGAUCCUCUGCCACGAGUCCGAGACCAGCUGCCACGUCGUCGACCUCUACGAUGCGCUCGGCCAGUACAACGCCUUCAGCGACAAGGCCAUCGCACAGGCCGCCUACCUGUCCGAUACCAGCCGUUUCAGACACUGGCUGCAGGGAUCCGGGCCGCACCAUCUCCUCGUGGACGGGCACUGCGAGAACCACACCACCAGGAGGACAUCGCCGCUUUCCGUGUUCCUGGCCAGCCUCGUGCAGGGGCUGCUUGACCAGCCGCCACGGCCUGCCGGCUCCCCGAGCGGCCCGGACGUGGUGCUGUACUUCUUCUGCGGCCGGCACGUCGACGACGAGGGGUGUCUCGCGGGCCCGCAGGGGCUGAUCCGCAGCCUCACGACGCAACUUAUCCUCUCGUGGCCCCAGGAGUCACCUCCGCCGGAUGUUGGGUUUUUGUCCUCGCUGCUUCCGGGCACGGUAUCAGUUGCUGAGGAGGAUCUCGAAGUUGAGACGGUCUGCCACAUCUUCCUGGCGUUGCUGAGGCAGCUCCCACGACGCUCUACAGUAUACUGCAUCAUCGACGGCAUCUCAUAUUUUGAGACCAGUAUUGGCGGUUGGUCUGAGGAUAUCUGUUUUAUAGUCGACUGCCUGCAGAGUUGCUCUCUACCUGACACAUCCCGCAGCGAUCAGCCGGUAGUCAAGACCCUUCUCGGCAGCGCCAACAGGAGCAUUGAAGUCCGCGAGCUUUACUCAACAAACUGUAUAGUCCAGCUCAGGUCAGGGGGUUUGUACAGCUCUGUGGUAUCGCGAGGUGCGUUGAUAUCCGAUCUGCGGAGCCGGGCAUCCUUUGUGGGCCCAGCAGCAGAUGACGACCCAGCCCAUGGGUACAGUGACGCGGAUGAGAGACAAUAUUGGGAUUAAUAGGGAUACUGUAGGCCUCGUUCUUGACAUUUAGAAGUAAUCAACAUGACCCAUCGCUGAGCCGCGCCCAGGUCACGAUAGGGCAGGAGUUUUCCAUCAAUAGUUCGAUGAAUGAGCAUACCAGGACUAGGUAGUACAUAUGCAACUUACAGAUUAAAGUACUUAG